CUACGGACAAUACCUACGCUUCCACUACGUCUGUGACACUUAGUUGGAUUGUGCUUGAAUAUCGAUUCCCAUGGAGUUUCCGGAAUUUAUACAAGGGUCAAGCUCGAGUCAUCAACAUUUAUUUGAUGAGGAGGGAUAUGAGGAGGAAGGGUCACAAGAAUACCCUAGUUCGAAUUCCGAUACAAGCGAAGACGACCGUGAUGAAGAAGAAGAGGACGACGACGAAGUGACAAAAAAGCUGGAAGAAUUAGAAGGAGAAGGGGAUGAGAUAAACGAGAUCGAAGGCGAUUUCGAUCGCUUAGUUCGAGAUAUCCGGGAACGAAAUGAUAGUUCUCUUUCCCGAGACUGGGAUAUUACUAUUGAAGAUCAAGAGGAAGCCUUUCGCGAUGAUCUGCGCGCUGCUUCUGGUAUAGGACGGCGAAAGGGCAGGAAGAAAGGCACUACCAGAGCUACUGGGCCAACCCUCUCGCACCAGGUCAAGUCUCUUCUUGGAGACGGAAACCAAGCCUUUGUCGAUGGUGAUUCACAAACGGCCAUAAAGAUAAUGCAAGAGGUCAUCCGUAUUGAGCCACGGGCAGCAGGCGCUUGGACUGUAUUGGCACAAUGUUAUGAGGAAAUGGGCCAGCACGAUAGGGCGCUGCAGCUGCGGAUAAUGGCUGCGCAUUUGAAGCUCGACCCAGAAGAGUGGAGCUGGUUGGCUCGGCAGUCAAGGGACCUCGGUUUCCACCAACAGGCCCUUUAUUGUUAUCGCAAAGUCUACAAUCUUGAUCCAUCAAACGUUGAUGCUCUCUGGGAUAGAGCUAUUCUAGCCAAGGAAAUAGGUGAACUCCGUACAGCUAGACACUCAUUCCUUGCGAUUCUGAGGAGAAUCUCUCAUGACCUCACUGUCCUGAGCGAAUUGCGGCCUAUUCUGAUCGACUUGGGCGACUUCAGCACUUGUGCCUCGCUUUUUCAAGAGGCUUUUGAACACUACCAAAAGCUAGCUCCGACUGGCCAGACAGCGGGACAAACAGAAGCUGUAGAAGGAGGAGGUUUCGGCUUGCUCAACAUUCUUGUUUUGGCGGACCUUUACAACACACUACAAGAGUAUGAGAAAGCUGCUACUGCAAUCCGUGUCGGUUGUCGAUGGCUUCAGGGGAGAGGGGGACAGAUGUAUUGGGAUUCAAUGGAUGACGACAGGGAGUAUGAUACGGACGAAAUGCCGACCAGGAACUCCCAAAGCGGAGAUGAAACAAGUGAAGCGGGGAGGUACCCAUUGGAUGUGAACGCAAGACAUCGGCUAGCCCUUGCCAGGAUCAAGAUGGGAGAGACUGAAGAGGGGAUCCGUCACGCGAACGUCGUUCUUGCAGAAGACGUACUAGACUAUGCACCUCUUUUUGUGGAAAUUGCCGAUGCCUAUUUUGAACGGGAGAUGUAUGCGGAAGCCAGACCAGUUUACGAGGCACUGGGUACAGACCCGAAUACAAGCUCCGUCUAUAUUUUAACCCAGACUGCAGCGUGCUUAAGAGCACUAGGUGAAUUGAAGGACGCCGCCGAGAUUUAUGAACAUGUGAGAACUGCGGAUCCAACCAAUAAUGAAGCAAAAAUGAAGCUGGCCGAAGUCUACGAAAUACUUGGAGAGACGAGGAAGGCCCUUGAUUUGGUGUAUCAGGUCAUUGAUUCUCGAAAACGCCGCCCAAAAACAUCGAGUCAAACCGGGACUUCGCAGACGCCCUCCAUGGCUUCAAGUUCCCUCUUCGUAGAAGAGCGUAACAAGAAACCUAGUAAAAACCGGGAAAACCGUCUUUCAUCCGCUCAGUUACGGGAGCUGGAAGCACAGAAGGAGAAAGAGGUGAUGAAAGCUUAUGUACGACUCGAAGAAAUCUGGUCAGGGAUGUUAGAGGAACGAAAGAAAGGGACGGCUGCUAGGCUUGCUUCCACAAGUGAUGAUAAGCAGGGAGAGUGGGUGGUGAGGGACGAAGCAGAAGACGAAGAAGGCCAUUUAGAGAGGGAAUGGAUGAUUGAAGCGGAGAAACUGGUUGAGACGUUUAGAGAGACUAGGAAUUUGUUCUUGACCAGCCGAAACGAUUUCUUCCGAGGGAUGUUCCCUAACAGAGGAAGGGGUGGAAAGAAAGGGAAUGAAGAAGAAACAGAGGAGAGGAUGGCUUCGAGAUUGCAGCUAGAUUUGGAAAACGAAUCGGCGAACCGAAUUAAAGUAAAAUUCGAUGGAGUCAAUGAAUUCCGAGGAGUCUCUUUCAAAAACUGGUUACGCGUCAUUCUGCAGUAUUGCUUCAUAUUGACGAAGCGUAGGCAAUACGAAGUAGCAGAUGAGAUUCUACGGCAUGUAUUGAUCUCAAAUGCCUAUCUGGCUCCCGAAUAUCAGAUUACGAUUCGUUUGGCAUUGACCGCAUGUGCAAUUCAAACUAACCACCCGCACAUCGUAGUCGAACAAACACGCAAACUAAUAACCAACAAUCAGUUCAAUAACGAAAUGUAUAGGCUACUUAUGGCCUCCUUAUCGUCUGGUUUGAAACCUACCGACUCGUUCAUCACAUCUACCCUCCAAAAGUUUAUAUUUCGAGAAAUGAAACUAGCUGAUGCAGGGGUGAACAAUCGUGAUAGUUUGAGAUGGAAUCCGUUGAAUAAGAGAUGGGCACCUGUCUCAAGUAAUGGUCAAGGCAAACGGGGAGCAGUGGAAGAGGAGGGUGAUGAGGGUGACGAGGACGAGGGCCAAGGCGCCAUACCUCGAUUGCAAGAUACCGCACAAGAUGAAAAGGAUAAAAGGACGCCGUUACCGACGAAGAACAAUCCGCUCCCUCUCGCCCUUUAUGGCCAGAUGUGUAUCGCGGCCAAAAGCUACCAGAGCGCCAUUUUCUAUCUACUUCGAGCAUACGAUUUUUGUCCACAAGAUCCGAUGAUCUGUCUAUGUCUAGCUAUCGCAUCGAUAGGGCGCGCAAUGCAGAGGCAGUCCGAUAACAGACAUCAUUUGAUUACACAGGGCCUCGCAUUCCUCUCCCAAUACCGCAAACUUAGGCGAUCGGAUGGUAUAUAUCUCGGAGAGGUAGAGUUUAAUUUUGGUCGGACCUUCCAGCAGUUAGGUUUACAUUCCCUCGCUGCGAAACACUAUCAACGUGUAUUGGACAUGGCAGAGAAGGAGCCAGGAAAUGAAGAUGAGAAUGUUUCUGUAACGAGGGAAGCCGCGUAUAAUCUCGCGUUGAUCUACGUCACGACAGGAGCAGCGCCUCUGGCGGAUGAACUCUACCGUCGAUGGCUAUCGAUAUAAGAUUGCAGUAUUGGACCUUGCUAUUGUUUACCUCUAGUGACUCUGGGUUCUGGGCCGACGACCUUCCACCAACCUGACUAGACGUCUUUACUCGCACAGAUCUUGAAUAAGGCAACUUCUCGAAUUUUUUUCCGACCAGGAACCUCAGAGCCGUAAACGGAGUAAAAUCCUCGCACCACUCAUAGGGCACAAUACUAGGCUUGGAGCGGACGAACGGCCGAAUGCUGCGGCGACCCCUACGUAGACCCAAACUAGUGUAUAUCAUCCAUGUAACAACUUCUUCGCAUAUUUUUAACACUUGUAUCUGGAUUCUCGUCGGCCG